CAUUGUCACUCUAGUCGACUGUGCAUUGUCCUGGGGCUGGCACUGGCUGUCACUGUCUCACAGAUUGCGGCGCAAGGCGGUGGUGGCGGUGGUGGCGGCGGCCUCUUUGACGGCCUCGGCAACCUAGGUAACUUGGGACUUGGCGACUUGGGGCUGGGUAAUCUUGGCAUGAACGAUAACACAAAUGACAACACUAUGAAUAUGAACGGUCUCGAUAACCUCGAUAACCUCGGUGCCCUUGAUGCUAACUCAGGUCUUGGGGGCGGCAAUGGCGGCGGUGGCUUUGGCGGCGGAGGCGGCGGCGCCCCAGGACUGGGCGGACAGAAUCUGGCCGGCUUUGGACGACAGCAGCAGAUGGCGAAUCCGGGGGCGGCGAAUCCGCUUGCAGGACUGGGCAACCUUCUUGGCGGAGGAGGAGGAGGUGGUGGUCGAGGAGGCGGAGGAGGUCUUCCGGGUCUUCUCGGCGGUGGCGGCGGUGGCCUCAACCCCUUGGCCGGUCUCGGACAGGCGCUGGGCGGUUUGACCGGUCUGGGCGGCGGCAACAAUGGCGGUGGCCUGCUCGGUGGCCUCGGCGGUGGUGGUAAUCAGCAGAGAGGCGGCGGCGGUCUGGGCAAUGGCCUCGCCGGUCUGAACGGCGGCGGCAUGAACCGUGGAGGCAUGGGCGGCAAUAAUGGAGGAGGAGGCGGCGGCUUCGGCGGCCUCGACCAGCUGGGAAACCUCGGUGGUGGAGGAGGCAAUGGCGGCGGUAUGAACAAUUUCAACCUGGGAGGCGGAAAUGACGGCGGUCUUGGAGGUCUCGGCGGCGGCAAUGACUUUGGCGGCCAAGAUCUGGGCAACCUUGGAGGCGGUGGCGGUGGCGGCGGCGGUGACUACGACAACCUCGGAGACGCUGGUUUCAGUCGAAAGUAG